AUGACUCAGUGCAGUAACCCUGAAAACAACCAUACCAUCAUUGUGGAGAGGCACAAAGAUAGCUUGAUCAGAACAUGUCCUACAUGUGGUCAUCAUAUCAAGUGCCAGGAGCAGGCUGCUGGAAUUCAUGACUUGCCUGGACUUCCUGCUGGAGUGAAGUUUGAUCCUACUGAUCAAGAGAUUCUUGAGCAUUUGGAAGCGAAGGUGCGGUCUGAUAUUCAUAAGCUUCAUCCGUUAAUUGAUGAGUUCAUCCCUACUCUUGAAGGGGAAAAUGGAAUCUGCUGUACCCAUCCAGAGAAGUUGCCAGGAGUUAGCAAAGAUGGGUUGAUCCGACAUUUCUUUCACAGACCUUCCAAAGCCUACACGACUGGAACAAGGAAAAGGAGAAAGGUGCACACAGAUGCUGAUGGCAGUGAGACACGGUGGCAUAAAACAGGUAAGACUAGGCCAGUUUUCAUCAGUGGCAAGUUAAAAGGGUACAAGAAAAUUCUUGUACUUUACACUAACUACAGAAAACAAAGGAAGCCUGAGAAGACAAACUGGGUCAUGCAUCAGUAUCACCUUGGCAAUAAUGAAGAGGAGAAGGAAGGGGAGUUGGUGGUCUCCAAAGUUUUCUAUCAAACACAACCUAGACAAUGUGGUUCACUCAUGAAAGACUCAUAUUCUACAAAACUAAAUGGUGAAAGUGUGCAUGAGGUAACUAAUCAUAAAAACACUGGGUUUGUCGAGUACUAUAAUAAUUCUUUUGUAUCCUUUGAUCAAGGGGACCAGCAUAGGUCUAGCAAUGCACAACUAGUCACCCAUUUCCCUGUCCAUGAUGGUACUACUUUCAUUCCUUGA